AUGAGUAGAAAAGCUAUUACUUAUGAAAAUUGUGUAAAAGUAAUGCAUUAUCACCAGGAAGGUAAAACCGCUCGUGAAAUUGGAAGAAUAAUAAAACGAUCACAUAGUUCGGUGCUAACAAUCAUUAAAAGAUUCAGAGAGAUGAAAUCUUACGUUGAUCGCCAUCGUUCUGGAAGACCGCGUUUGACGACACCCAAUGAUGAUCAUCUUUUAAUCAGGUUGGCAAAGAAAAAUCGACCUAUGUCGUCGCAUGAAUUAAGAAGGGAAUGGAAGCUUUCAAAUGGAUGUCAAGCAUCGGCAUCACUUGUGCGUAGAAAACUAAUAGCUAACAAUAUGCUAUGGAAAAAAGCUGUUCUAAAACCGAGACUUAACAAACAACAUAUAAAAAAGCGAAAAGAAUUUUGCCAAAGUGUCAAAGAAUGGUCUAAAGAAAAAUGGAGGACAGUAAUGUUCAGUGAUGAGAUGAAUAUCGAGGUUGAUAUUCAUCUCAUCACUGAAUCGAAAAAACCGAAUUAUGAUUCGCAGGCAGCCUUCCAAAAAAUAUAA